AUGUGGGCACCCACACGCGCGCCGUGUGCGUUAUGCGAGCGCAGGUUCAUGCGGUCCAGCCUGCCCGGAGUGGUGCUCAUGAAGCGCAUCUACGAUCUCCGCCGCAAGUGGGGCGUCAUCCAAGACUCCAAGAAGCACAACGCCGCAUCAGCUCUAUACGCGACAGCCAACGUGUGCGUAUUUUACGCCGAAGUUGCUCGCAUGAUCCACGAUUCAAUCCUCUGUCGAUGGCAUCAGCAGCUCUCGAGCCGUACGGAGGACAGCAACCUGCAGGAUAUCGCAGUCAAGAAGCGCGUCCGCCAGUCGUCCACUGUCUGCAGCAUGAAGGCGCAGAACGCUUUGGACCCGGACACCAAUCGAUCCGCCCACACCAAGGAGGAGUUCCAGCCGUGGUGGGAGAUCGACCUCGCCAACUACGUCGAGGUGCACUCGGUCAAAGUCUAUCUGCGAGACGAAGUGAGCCACUUGUACGCGGCUGCAAGGGGGCUGGCAGCGAAUCCUGGCAGACACACAACGGGCGUGUAUCCGCUGCACAUCAGCGUAUCGAUGAAGACUGGAGUGGGCCGUGACUGCGACGACAUCAUUGCGAAAGUCUCGAGGCCGAUUCGUCCGCAUCCAGUGCGAAGGUCGCGCCAUUCUGCACAUUGA